CCCACACCGUCACCAACCAAUCAGAGAGCGGGUGUGUGGAGGCGGGAGGAGGAGCCAGGUUUAUGUUGUGUGUGAGCGCGCGCUGAUCCUCGCUCCAUUCAUCGGCGAAAUGGCGGAGACGGCGGAUCGGAUGGAGGUGUCCCAGGGGGAGAGCUCAGAGAAACCUGCUGCUGAGGACAUGACGUCCAAGGACUACUACUUCGACUCCUAUGCUCACUUCGGCAUCCAUGAGGAGAUGCUGAAGGAUGAAGUCCGAACCCUCACCUACAGAAACUCCAUGUUCCACAACAAGCACCUGUUCAAGGAUAAAGUGGUGCUGGAUGUGGGCAGUGGUACAGGCAUCCUGUGCAUGUUUGCAGCCAAGGCAGGGGCCAAGAAAGUCAUCGGAAUCGAGUGCAGCAGCAUAUCUGAUUACGCCGUGAAGAUCGUCAAGGCCAACAAGCUGGAUCACAUUGUGACCAUAAUAAAGGGUAAGGUGGAGGAGGUGGAGCUCCCAGUGGAUCAUGUAGAUAUCAUCAUCUCUGAAUGGAUGGGUUACUGUCUGUUCUAUGAGUCCAUGCUCAACACGGUCAUCUACGCCCGAGACAAGUGGCUGAAACCUGAUGGACUGAUUUUCCCAGACAGAGCCACGCUGUACGUCACUGCUAUUGAGGACCGGCAGUACAAGGACUAUAAAAUCCACUGGUGGGAGAACGUGUAUGGCUUUGACAUGUCCUGCAUUAAGGAGGUGGCCAUUAAGGAGCCCUUGGUGGAUGUGGUAGACCCCAAACAGCUGGUCACCAGCUCCUGUCUCAUCAAGGAGGUAGACAUCUACACGGUGAAGAUUGAGGACCUGUCCUUCACCUCACCCUUCUGCCUGCAGGUGAAGAGGAACGACUACAUCCACGCUUUGGUCACCUACUUUAACAUCGAGUUCACACGCUGCCACAAGAGAACCGGCUUCUCAACAAGCCCAGAGUCUCCAUACACUCACUGGAAGCAGACGGUCUUCUAUUUGGAUGAUUAUCUGACUGUGAAGACGGGAGAGGAGAUCUUUGGCACCAUCAGCAUGAAACCCAAUGUCAAGAACAAUAGAGACCUGGACUUCACUGUAGACAUUGACUUCAAAGGUCAGCUCUGUGAGGUGUCCAAGACCUCAGAGUACAGGAUGCGCUAAGUCUGCUGUGUGUGCAGGGGGGGUCGCUGUCCGAGGGAGAUCUGUGUGUGUGGGUGUGUGUGUCCAUUUUCCUUUUAGACAGUGAAGGACUUUUAUACAAAUUCCACACAUGGACACUUUGAGUCCGAUUACAAUGAUGACGCAAAGGCGUUUUUAUUGUGCAAUAUUUACACACAUGGUUAUUUUCUGUACUUGAGCUAACAAUGCACCACACACACACACACACACACACACACACACACACACACACACAGAGAGUAACCCACACUGUCUCCCUCUCACCUGUACAUAGUUUUCAUGUUCAGCCACUUUAACAAUGUUGUGCAGUCAUGGAUCCUGUUGUCACGGCAACACACCUGUCCCGUUUUGAUUUCUAGCGUUUAGUCGGUAAGAAGAGCCUCCUGUGACGGUUUGGUUGCUCCUCUCCAUCAGCGUGUGUCUGUGUGUUCGGGGGCAAACGCGAUCGCUCAUUGGUGUAUUUUUGAAAUUCCCUGUACUAAUCCACCAUCUUCUGUGUUUAAAAACGUGUCACGUCAUUAAUUCAGGCCAGAACCAGAGCCCGGCUGCGUGUGGGGGUGUGUCAGCGCUCCUGUUCUUACCUCUGCAGUGUGUUGGUGUGCUCAGUAGAGGGCCCUCUAAUAACGGUUUUAUUUCUCAUAAGUGUGGAGGAAAUUCCCAACCCACCCCCUGCCCCCGGUUGUGUGUGUUGGCACUUGAACACGGAGCUGCAUGUGCUCUGAGAUCAUGUUUAACUCAUCCUCCUGAUGUAUGCCUGAGACACAGCUGCUUUCUGAACACCAGUGUCCCCCUCGUCCACUUUGUCCAUCUCCUCCUGUUUGUUGGAGAAACACACAGAACUGGACUUGUCCCAGCAUCUCAAACAUCUUUCGUUUUCCUCUCGGCAGUGUUUUUGCGUGUAACGGAGACGUUGGGUUUGUGUUCAUCACCGCUCCAUUAUGUCCUUUAGAAAUAAAAUUUUCUGUAUUUGUUUUUUUUUAAUAAAACAAUAAAAUUGGGAUAAAAAUUCGUCUCA